AGUGUCAUUUGAAAUGUUUUUUUUUUUGUAUAUGCAGCAUCAGCGUCGGUGACUACAAGGCUAAGUAAAUAGGAGGAAAAGAAAUACUACAGUUUUAAUCUGGAAACAUGGGAGAUUUUACCAGUGCGUCGGAUAACUGUAGGCUUCAUUUCAGGAAGAAGUGGUGUAACAGACCAGCAUUUGUCCUAAUAAUACUACUGUCUAUGAAGCAGGUCAGCGGGACUGUGCUGGAGGACAUGCUGAAGAAGUGGGCUCAAUACAAACAACAAUGUUUGGAAAAGCUGGACCAAGAGAGGCCUUUGGCAACGGGUGUAUAUUGUAAUGGAACAUUUGAUCAGUUUGCUUGUUGGCCAUUUUCCUCCCCUGGAAAUAUAUCGGUUCCUUGUCCAUGGUAUCUGCCUAUGAUGCAUGAAGGAAGCACUGGGUACACCUACAGAUACUGCACUGACAAGGGUAUUUGGCAGACGAAAGAGAACUCAACAGAUAUUUGGCGGGAUAGCACGGAAUGUACUGUGAAUAAUCACUUCAAACAAAAUGACGAGGAACAUGCAGUGCUGUCACUGCUAAAAAUAUGCUACACUGUUGGGUACUCAAUCUCACUUGGAACUCUCAUACUGGCCCUUUGUAUCCUUCUCAUGUUCAGAAAACUUCACUGUACCAGAAAUUAUAUCCACAUGAAUCUCUUCGCUUCGUUUAUUAUGAAAGCUCUGGCUGUCCUUAUAAAAGAUAUAGUCCACAGCACCCAUCACACCCCAAAAAAGCUCAGAGAUGAAGAUGAAUGGCUUUCUAUCAUAAGACCAGAGGAACCUAUUUCCUGCAAAGUUGUACAUAUUUCCCUGCAUUUCUUUGUCGGUGCUAACUUUUUUUGGUUGCUGGUAGAAGGCAUAUAUCUGCACACAACAAUAGUCAGCAUGGUUCUGUCUGAGAGGCGCAUGUUGCUGAGAUACAUAGCUAUUGGCUGGUUUUGUCCUCUACUCUUUAUUAUACCGUGGGUGAUAGUAAGAUACUAUCUGGAAAAUGAAGGAUGUUGGGCAAUAAACAGAAGUACUGCAAUCUGGUAUAUCAUUAAAGGUCCAAUGCUUCUGUGUGUAUUUAUAAACUUUAUUAUACAUAUCAAGAUAUUAAAUCUUUUGCAUUUAAAGUUGAAAGCUCAGCAGCUAAAAUUUACAGAUUACAAGUACAGGUUUGCCAAAGCAACUCUUAUACUAAUUCCAUUGCUGGGGACUCAUGAAGUCUUGUUUACAUUCGUCAGCGAUGAGCACAUUAAGGGGCUGACCAAGAAUAUACCGCUCUUCAUCCGCCUGACAAUGAGCUCUUUCCAGGGGUUUGUUGUUGCAUAUUUAUAUUGCUUUACCAAUGGAGAGGUAAAAACAGAGGUGCGAAAACAAUGGAACCUCUUUUUGCUUCAAUAUUUUCCAUGCAAAAGCUGCUUUCUUGGCAACAAAGUCAAGUAUAAAACUCAAGGAUCUAAAAAGCCACUAAAUAAAUUAUUUGUACACAAUGGAAAGAAAAAUGGGAAUGUUCAGCUCCUUCAAGCCACAGUGAAUGUGACCUCGGAUCUGGACCCCAAACACAGUGUCCCUCCACAGUAUUUCACAAGGGGAAGUGUUUCAGAGAGUAGUGAUGGUGGCUUAACAUUGGGCGAAACAAUAGAGGAGACUGUUGAAGAAACUGAUAUUUAAUGAGACACAAUUGGAAAACACAAUUACUUUAUAGAAAUGCUAUGAAUGAAGAUGACUACACAGAAGCCAUACAAUCACUAGGCAGGUACUUGUCUCCCUGAAAGUCUUCCAAUGCCAACUGACUAGUAAUUACCCCCUAAGAGCAUUAUUCAACGAACUGGCCUUCCACCUAACAUUGUUUGCAGUUUAUAGUAUUUUACCUGGAAAAGUGAUGAACAAAUACUGUAAUUAGAAGAUGGGAGUUGGAAGACAUUGUUUAAAGGUUCUAUAUGUAGAUGAUAAGGUCAAGUAGAUUAUUAUCCAUUGUGGGAUUUGUUGAUUGUGCAUUUUAUAUGUUAUUUUAUAUAUCGACCUUGUUUUGUACUAAAAAAAAAAAUGAUGGUGGUUGUACAAGCUGGGCCCCCAUUGUUAAUUUGUUACUAAACACAACACUUCUAUACCCUUCAUUAUCAGAGUUCUGCAGCUGUUGGGAGAGGGAACCUUUGAAUUGCAUAGUAAUUAAACUUGUAUAGGGAAAUAAAAAGCUUAAUUCAUAUCUGAUGAGCCCUAAGAUAUUGUAUCUGAUUUCUCUAGAGUUAAACGUAAUUUCCCUUUUUUUAAUUAGCUCCCAUUUCAACUUUAAUAUUAAAAUCUA